UCAUCUGCGUGCGACGGCUGUUGUUGUCAAAGAUGGCGAAGAAGAAGAACCGAGAAGAACACGACCGGGGCAAGCGGGUUUUUUCAUGUCGUUAUCGUGUUAAAGCAGUUGAUGGAGACACGGUGAGAAGACGCCAACAUGGCGACUAGAAAGCUGAAUCGAGCCGGCGUCUCAGACGACGUGUGUGAGCAACUCAAGCGGCAUCAAAUAGAAAGUUGUAAGGACCUGUUGUCUCUGAGUCCUGUUGAGGUGAUGAGUGUCGCGGAGCUGAGCUACCGGAGAGCUUCGGAGCUGCUGCAGUUGGUGAGCAGAGCCGUCGCACCGCCUGUCACCACGGCUCUGGAGCUGUGGAGGCAACACUCCUGCUUCUCCACGUCGUUGCCCGCUCUGGACAGACUGCUGGGGGGCGGUCUGCACCGUGGGACCCUCACAGAGGUGACGGGGCCCUCCGGCUGUGGGAAGACCCAGAUGUGUUUGAUGCUGAGCGUCUUGGCCACUCUGCCAAAGAGCCAGGGCGGCCUGGACAGCGGUGUGAUCUACAUAGACACAGAGUCCGCUUUCUCUGCUAAGAGGCUGGUGGAGAUCGCACAGAGCCGGUUCCCAGACCACUUCGGCUGCAGGGAGAGAGCCCUGCAGAUGGCCGGGCGGGUGCACAUCUUCAGGGAGCUCACCUGUCAAAAUGUCCUCAACAGACUGGACAGACUGGAAGAGGACAUCAUCUCGACCGGAGCGGGUCUCAUCAUCCUGGACUCCGUGGCCUCAGUGGUGAGAAAGGAGUUUGACACGACGUUGCCCGGGAACCUGAUUCACCGCAGCAACAUGCUGGGCCGCGAGGCCUCCACCCUCAAGUACCUGGCCCACCAGUUCAACAUACCUGUGGUUCUCACCAACCAGAUCACAACUCACCUGGGGGGUCAAGGAUCGGAGGGGGGUUCAGGGUUCGUGACAGCGGCUCUGGGGAACACGUGGAGUCACAGUGUCAACACACGUCUUAUUGUCCAGUAUGUGGACGCACGCCAGCGACAGAUACUGAUCGCCAAGUCGCCCGUGGCUCCGUUUGCUGUGCUGAACUACACCAUUGAGAAGCAGGGCAUCUGUAUGGAUGGAGAGGAUGGUCAGGGGGCCUUGUAUGAGGGCACAGAUCCGGGCCUCCAACCAAUCAGGGUGCAGACGGAAUUCAACUACAACCAGACCGAAGCUAUGGACCAGACUGAACAAACACAGCAAUGACUCUCCUGUGUGUGUGUGUGUGUGUGGUGUGUGUGUGUGUGUGUGUGUGUGUGUGUGUGUGUGUGUGUGGGGCCAGAGUGUGACACGGUUACUUUAUUAAAGCCAAUACAUCAUU